CUGUUCGUGUGUGUGUGUGUGUGUGUGUGUGUUCCAGACCUCCACGUGGAGCUCCAGCUGGGCUCCUCGCUUUCUACCCAGGAACUGACGACCAGACUAUGCUUGUUAUUGGGAGAAGCAACGCCCGGCAUAGCUAGCUCUCCUAUGGAGGACAGGAGGGAAAAGAAGGGCGACACUCCCGCUCAGGGAGGAAGUCCGAGCUCCACGUUGACCUGCGGCACUGCUUCUCCUUGCUCUGGGAGCCCCUCCUCCACCUUAAGCAGCAGUAACGUAUGCCAUCCUUUGCCCCUGCCUUCGCCACACGGAGGCUCCGGCCUCAGUCCCGGCGGGACGCUCUCCAGCCCCGCACGAGGCCCCGCUCAAUGUUCUCCGGCCGCACUCGUCGCCGGGAGCAGCCUCGGCCCACCGUCACAAAGCCCCACCACCUCCGCCCUGGAGAGCAAAGACAGCGGAAUAAUAGCAACCAUCACUAGUUCUUCUGAGAAUGAGGAGCGAAGUGUCUCGAGUUCCGAUCUGACUGCGGACGAAGCCCCGGGAGGCAGCGUCGUCGUCGUCAUGGGCCACACGGGCGAGGACAACCGUCUCGGGCCUCCUCGGAGUAAUCCCACCAUCCAACCUGAGGAGUCAUCAGGGAGAGCUGAUAUCAGGGAGCCCAGGACACCCCCACCACCUAAGAGACCCCUCCCACAGCACCACAUACACACCGCUUCCUCUUUCAUGAUGCCCCGUCCAAAUUCUGUGGCAGCAACGUGCUCCACUAGACUCGAGGAUCUGAGUUAUCUGGAACACCAACAGGUCGGCGGGCACAGGGGCUCCGCCCGCAAACUCAACACAACUGGACGCACGAAUGAGGACUCGAAAGGGAGACUGGCCCAUUUCAAACAAGGCGACAUCAUGCUGAAACCGCUGCUGUUCGAAGUUCCCGGCGCCACCGCGGAAACACCUUUCGUGGGCCGGGAUUGGCUCUUCGUGCGUCUGGAUGAGGUCUUGAGGAAAACCAGCAACUGCGAGGGGAGAGGGGCCGUCAUCGUGGGAAACGCGGGCUCGGGCAAAACUGCUAUCAUGUGGCGGCUGGUGGCGCUCAGCUGUCACGGCAAACACACGCAACACGGUGGGCCCAGCAUCCCUCACAGCCCGAGCUCCUCUCCCAAAUGUGGGGAAAAGCAGCGGAAAUCUUCCGCCAAACAAACUGCCGAUUCCCAAAUCAACCCGAGUGCUGUUACAGGAGCGUCUGAUAGCGCAGCGCAGAGCAAAGAGCUCGCCACAUGCCUUGCCAACAAGGUGGUCGCUUACCAUUUCUGCCAGGCCGACAACACAUACACCUGCCUGGUCCCGGAGUUUGUUCACAGUGUCGCCGCCCUGCUGGCCAGAUCGCCACAGCUCACCCCGUACAGGGAGCUGCUGAUCCAGGAACCUCACUUGCAGAAUAUGCUCAGUCUGCGCUCCUGUGUCCAAGACCCCAUAGCUGCCUUCCGAAAGGGUGUCCUGGAGCCCAUGGCCAACCUGCGCAAGGAGCGAAAGCUGCCUGAAGAAGAAGACUACGUCAUCUUGGUUGACAGUCUCAACGAGGCGGAAUUUCAUAAACCUGACUAUGGGGACACCAUUGCCACCUUCAUCACCAAGAUCGUCUCCAAAUUCCCCCUCUGGCUCAAGCUGGUGGUCACAGUGAGGACGGGGCUCCUGGAAAUAACCACCCCGCUCCCGUUCUCCGGCAUCUCAUUGGACAUCCUGCCCGACAGCAGCGACUUGGGAGCCGACCUGAGCGACUACAUCCAUCACCGGGUGAGCGGCAGCGCCCGGAUCGCCGCCAACGUCACCACGCCCACAGGCUCCGCACCUGACCCGCUGCUCCUCAGCAAGUUCAGCAGUCACCUGACCACACGCAGCAACGGCUCCAUCCUCUACCUUCAGCUGACCCUGGAUCUGUUCCACAAAGGGCAUUUGGUGCUGAAAGGGGGAAACUACCUGGUUGUGCCCGUGUCCCUGUCAGAGGUGUACACGCUGAUGUGCCGCGUGAGCUUCCCGGACAAAGCCGUCUUCGAGCGAGUGCUCCCGGUGCUGAAUGUUGCCCUGGCGUCGCUGCACCCGCUGACGGAUGAGCAAAUGUUCCGGACGCUCAAUGCGGGCAGCGUUAGGGGGGAGCUGGAGUGGAAGGACUUUCAGCAGAGAUUAGACAGCCUGGCUGGAUUCAUGGUGAGACGCAGAGAUGGCACACGCAUGCUGUGCCAUCCCUCCUUCCGAGAGUGGCUGGUUUGGAGGGCAGAUGGCGAAAGCGCCGACUUCCUCUGUGACCCGAGGAGCGGCCAUGCUCUCCUGGCGUUCAUGUUCUCCAGACAAGAGGGCAAGUUGAACCGUCAGCAGACCAUGGAACUGGGACACCACAUCCUCAAGGCUCACAUAUUCAAGGGUCUAAGUAAGAAAAGCGGGGUGUCCUCCACUGUCCUGCAGGCCAUGUGGGUGAACUGCAGCACGGACAGCCUCUCUGCUGCACUCGGAUCCCUGAGGAACCUCUUCACACCUAACAUCAAGGUCAGUCGUCUGCUGAUGCUGGGCGGCGCUAAUGUGAGCUGGUGUACGGAGGUGGUGGGACACGCCCCCAUCCUGGGCGUCCACGCCCACCUGGGGCACGGGGAGAUGGUGGGCCUGUUGACGGAAAUGGGCGCGGCCCCCGACGUGAGCACAGACAGCGGCAUGACGCCUCUGUGCUUGGCGGCGGCUGCGGGACACGCCGGCGUCAUCGGCCUGCUCUGCAAGAAAGGGGCCAAGGUGGGCCAAGCUGAUAAGAAUGGCCAGUGCGCGCUGGUCCACGGCGCACUGAAGGGCCACACGGAGAUCAUCACCAUCCUGCUGGGCCAGGAUUGGGGCCCCGAAAACCCCGCCGAUACACAGCAGCAGCAGACGAUAACUGGGAAACAUCAGGCCGUACAGCAGGCGGUCACGGCCGCAGCAAGCGUAGGACACACGCAGGUGGUGAAAAUAUUGCUGGACUUGGAAGAUGAACAGCUGGCAGUGCAGAUGGACACUCACGACUCCCUCUGGGGAGAAACGGUGCUGAGUGCAGCGGCGGGCAGGGGGAGGAUGGAGGCGUGCGUGCUCCUUUUGGACCGAGGGGCCGGGCUAGAAGUGCCAAACCGCAGAGGGAUGGUCCCCCUCCUCAGCGCGGCCAAACACGGACACGCACAGGUGGCAGAGUUGCUGCUGAAACACGACGCGGACGUCAGUGUGUGUGACAAGCAGGGCCGUACGCCGCUCAUGCUGGCUGCCUCCGAGGGCCACGGCAGCACCGUGGAGAUGCUGCUCUCCGAGGGCGCCUGCGUGUCUGCUGCGGAUCAGGAGGGUCUGACUGCAGCGAGCUGGGCCUGCAUGAGGGGCCACAAAAGUGUCCUGCAGCCUCUGGUGGACGCUGGCGCAGACCUGAACCAAGCAGACAGGCAGGGACGCACUCCUCUCGACCUCGCCGCCCUGAACGGAGAUGCUGAUACAGCGCACUUUCUGCUUGAACACGGUGCGGCGCUAAAGAGGAUGGAAAACAACGGAAGCAUAGCUGCAGAGCGGACUGUUGGCUGCCAGAAUCCGGCCCUGGUGGCCUCGCUACUCAAAAAAGGCUCCAGGAUGGCACAAGGCUACAGAACGGCACCGCACGAUCGAUCAGCAGGUCACGCCACAUGGGCCAUGGCUUCCACCAAACCAGACAUCCUCCUCAUCCUGCUGCAGAAGCUCAUGGAGGAAGGAAACAUGCUUUACAAGAAGGGACGUAUGAAGGAGGCCAGCCAGCGUUACCAGUACGCUCUGAGGAAACUGCCUCGGGAGGGCCAAGGGGAAGAGCUAAAAGGGCUCAAAGACCUGCGGGUGUCUCUCUAUCUCAACCUAUCCCGCUGUCGAAGGAAAACCAAUGACUUUGGCAUCGCUGAGGACUUUGCAACAAAAGCUCUGGACCUGAAGCCCAUGUCCUACGAGGCCUAUUAUGCAAGAGCGCGUGCCAAGAGGAGUAGCAGGCAAUUUGCCGAGGCGCUGGCGGACCUCCACGAAGCAGCACGGGUCUGCCCAUCCAACCGGGAGAUCCGCCGCCUGCUGGUACGAGUGGAAGAGGAGUGCACGCAUCAUCAGAGGAUAUCCAGCAGCAGCAACACGUCGCAGAGUUACAACAGGGACCCUCACGGCCACCACCAUCACCACACCCCUGAGGACGAGGCAGACGUGUGUUCACAGGGAAGCCAGGAGAGGCCAAUCCCAGAGGAGCGGUCUGAUGCGCAGCAAGACGACGAUGAGGAAGAAGGGGAAGAGCUGAGCCUGCAAUGUGGAAAAGGCUCCGAAUUUUGGCCUCUGAAUCCGUACGGUCCAAACAGGACUCUCCCUGGAGGUGCGGCUUUUGGGUUAGCUGAUCAGACGCCGUGUUUUCCUCAAGAGGAGUACGUUCAGAACCCGCUCUUUAUGGACCUGCCUGACCCGCUUGUUACUGCCCACAAGCAAAGUCAAAACCAGAGCGGCAGGACUCAUCUCCACUGCCACUCCCUGCAGUCCGGGGCCAGGGUGGGCGGCAGGCCUCUCUCUCUCUGCGGACCCUCCAGUCCUCUGCCGGGUAGACACAUCUCCACCUCCCUGAGGCCCGCACCCGUGCUGGCCCUCGACGCGGAACAUUCCGGGCUCAGCCCCACAGAACACUACCAUCCCAUGUCGCCGAGCAGCUCCUCCCCACCGGGUCCCGUUCAAAUGUACCAGCCCCGCUCUUCCAGCUUCUCCAGGGGAUCAGACAGACUUUUGGCCCACUCAGUGGCUCUGGAUGGCCUGGCACUUGCUCUGGGCUCUGUCGUGGAGGUCAGGAGGGAGGCUGGCGGGGCAGGAACAGCUGGAUCGAGGGGUUCCAGUUCCAGUCAGGCCUCCAGUGGGAACCAGUCAGACAGCGGCAAGCAACAGGUGCUAGACCCACCGUGCCCCCUCAAAAGCAGCGGAAGCUUCAAGUCCAAAGGCGAGAUGAAGCCGCGGCCCUUCAUGGGGGUCAUGGACAAAGCGGUGCGAGUCCAGAGCCAGCAGACCUCCGGUUUUGGCCGACAGGGGCAAGGAGGAGGGGGCGGGGAAAGUUUCAGCAUGUCCGUCGUGGAGUUCCAGGGCUUGAACAAUGACUACAAGCGAUCUUCCUUCCAGGAACCGCUCACUGGGAGUCAAGCCAGCAGCCAGCAGAGUCAGGACUUCAGAGAGCGGCUCCACCAGCGAGAGGCAAGAGCCGCCGUGUCGUCCCAUCUACGUUUUCCCGAUGGGAGACGCAGGCAGGCGAGUCUGACCAGAGACAACCCAACGCUGCAUAUGGCGCCCAUCAAGCCCAAACGCUCCUUUAUCGAGUCCAACGUCUGAAUCCUUUGUCAAAGCACAAGAAGGCCCCACACAAGGUAGCGAGUGUGCAAGCCUGUGUGUCGCCUUCUGCUGCAGCGUCGGAUUUGCAAACUCGAGCCAACCAGUGCUCUGCUUCUGCUUACAUGUUUACAGCUAGCGCACCAGUGUAUUAAAGAUAUAUACCUUAAGUAGGAUUUUCAAAUAAGUAGUACGUUAUCUAAAUGGUAGUCCUUAUAGACCAAUUCAGGAUGUUUGUAAACAAUAUGCACCAGGAUACUUCCGGGUGGCACGACGCGAGAGACUACCGCUGACCUGAACUCAAACGAUGACAAAAACUUGUUGAUUUUGGGGUUACGCUGGCCGAUACACACCAAAAAGUUUAGGUCAUUUUUCAAUUAUGUCAAAAAAUAAUAUUAAUACACUAGAACCUUUAGGUGAGGAGGAUAAGGCGAGUGGAUGUCGCAAAUAGUUGUACAAAGAAGAUAGCAAGUCUGCCUGGUGGCGGAGUAGCCACUCCGAAAGGGGACAGACUGGGAAUCAAAGCUCCAUCAUCGGGUUGGGAGAAGACGUUUUCUCACAGGUAUUUACAAAUUAAGGUACUGCAGUAGGCGAGCCUUUAGGCUAAAUCUACCAUGACCAAGGUUGAGGCAUUUCAUUUAUUGAUAUCUGAAUUAGCCAGUCCCUCAAUCUUCUUUUCCUUUCGUCCCUCAAUAAUAAAGUUCAAUCUGAGUUUCCACCAUGUUUAUUUUCUGAAUCUACUUACCUAUUGAAAUUUAUCUUUUGACUGGACCGGAAGGUGUUUGUUCUCAAGCAGUUUAUCUCGCAUAACUUCUUCCUUAUGGCAGUAGAUAAGACUUUCCCCCAAAGCGCAAGAAAAUCAUUCCUUCAAGCCAUUUACAGUGGUGCCUCAGUUUUUCAAUGCUUUUUUUCGCUUUUACUUGCAAGCGCAGACUUGACAUACAAGCGCUGUAUGGAGGUACUGACUCAACUCACUUCACAAUAUAGCAGUGUGGCAGAUAAAAUUAUAAGCAACUUUUUGAAAAAUAGGCUUAAAGCUGUUUAUUGCCACUCCCAGUUAAAAUGGACUGUAUAAACUAAACACGAAACUAAGAGAAUUACACUUUGUGUAAUUCAAACAACCGCAAAGCUUCUCCUUUCUGUCCGCUAGCUUCAUGUUAACGCUAAAUAGCAUCUAUGUUGCAGUGAAACACGUAUUAGUGCUGCAUGAAUGAGUCGAGAGAGGAGCUGAGACGUCUCAAUGAACAGCAGAUAUCUUUCUUAUACUGCCCCCACGUGGCCAAGGCGGGCACACCAGGAGGAGUACCACAAUGGCCAUUCAAUUGAUGCAUCUUUAAUUUUAUUGAAUUAUGUCAUGACAUUACAUUCUUAUAACGUACAAUAUUACAGAGUGCCAUUUUUCUUCAUUAAAAUAAACUUUUUUUUUUUUUUACGGAAUGAAUUAAAGUCGUAUCUCAAGACUCCACUGUACCUUGGUUUGUCAACCACUUUGCCUUGGUCAAAUGACAUAGAAGGGUUUGCUUCUCGAGCGGCGCCAUCGGGGAAAGCUUCGGCUUUCGCCGCCCGGAAGAAUGUGUCAAGUCGUGGUGAAUCGCUCUAUAUCAAACAUUCAAGUCCGAGGGAGCUUUGUGCACGAAUCCUAAUAAUAAUAAUAAUAAUAAUAAAGCUCAUGCUAGUUGCAGGUUAAGACCAUUUUGAUUGUCAAGUGUCUUUUAAAAAACAUUUAUAUUUGUAUAAUAUACACUAUAUUUGCAGAUGAUAUAUUUCCUUGUAAGUGGGUCUCUGUCAACAUUACAGCCUUCUAAAAAAUACUUACUGUACACCAGAUUCCCCCCCCAAUUCAUGACAGUAUAAAAACCUUCCUGUCUAUGUCGGUUGCUUCAAUAUUAACUGUAUAUUGCAAUUAUUUUUGCAUAGCAGACAACUUGUGAGUUGUUUAUUGGUUUUAUUGAACACAAGCAGUCAAGAAUGUAAACAUACAUAAUAGACUUAUUAGAAUGAUGUCCAUCGUUAUUCAUAUACACUUUUCAUGCUAUGGAUUACAGAAUGUGGCCAACAACAAUGUGGUACAAUAAAAUAAUAAGGGUGACUCUGGUUCAUCAUUUAUGCUGCUUUCACAGUAAAGUGUAUGUUUCCUGGGUAUGUAGAUGGAGGAAAAAUAAACAUUCAAAUGUAUGGGCAUGAAGGAGAAUUUCCUCUGGCGGCGAGAGCACAAAUUUUGUAUGGU